AUGUUCUACCACGGGAAAGUUCUGGCGCAAGCAAUAAGAAUGCCACGUCCUGGCAGCCUUAAGGACCCAGACAUUGCAGAAUUAUUCAGUAAGCAUGAUCCUGAAAAGAUUUUCGAAGACUUGCGAGAGAUUGGCCAUGGAUCCUUUGGUGCAGUCUACUAUGCCCGCUGCAAUCUCACCAAAGAAAUUGUGGCCAUCAAGAAGAUGUCAUACUUGGGGAAACAGAGUGAAGAAAAAUGGCAGGAUAUAUUGAAGGAGAUAAAAUUUUUGAAGCAGUUGGACCAUCCAAACACAAUAGAGUACAAGGGUUGUUAUAAACGGGAGCACACGGCAUGGCUUGUUAUGGAGUAUUGUGUUGGCUCUGCCUCCGAUAUUAUUGAGGUCCACAAGCGACCUCUGCGCGAGGAAGAGAUAGCGGCAAUAUGCGAAGGCGUCGUGUGCGGGCUCUCGUAUCUCCACAGCUUGGGCAGGAUCCACCGGGACAUCAAGGCGGGGAACAUAUUGCUGACGGAGAACGGAACAGUCAAGCUGGCCGACUUUGGCAGCGCCAGUAUCAAGUGCCCGGCCAACAGUUUCGUGGGCACGCCGUACUGGAUGGCGCCGGAGGUCAUUCUGGCAAUGGACGAAGGCCAGUACGACGGGAAGGUGGAUGUGUGGUCUCUUGGCAUAACAUGCAUUGAGUUGGCAGAACGCAAACCUCCAUACUUCAAUAUGAAUGCUAUGUCUGCUUUGUACCACAUCGCUCAGAAUGACUCGCCGACCCUACAAGCACCUGAAUGGACGGAUACGUUUCGCUACUUUGUUGAAGCCUGUCUCCAGAAGAACCCUCAAGAUCGACCCUCCUCUACUAAGCUGCUGACUCACCCAUACAUCACCCGGCCCCGUUCACCCAAUGUCUUGGUAGAUCUAAUACAGAGGACGAAGGCCGCUGUUCGGGAUCUAGAUAACCUCAGCUAUAGGAAGAUGAAGAAGAUAUUAAUGGUUGACGCAGAUAAUGAGAGUGCAUUUGGAGACAGUGAAGAGACUGCAGAGGAGCGAUCGGGUGGCGACAGCUCCAAGUCUAAUUCCGCGACUUCGGAACAUAGUGUUGCAGGAGCGUCCAGCCAAAGCUCCUCGUCAGGCAGUCUGCGACGAAGGCCUCACCCUCUCAAUGCUAACCAUCAUGGUCAGCAUCAACAACAACCACAGUACCAGCAAUUUAAUCAUCAGCACUCUACUCAUUCUGCCAGAGAGAGCGAGAGCCCUCUGCCGGCGUCGCACGACGACUACGUGAACAGGGACGCGCUGCGGGACUACGCGAACCGGGACUCGCUGUGCGACGACUACGGCGACGACUACGCGAACCGCGAGGCGAUAAGGGAGGCGCAGCGCGAGCGCGACAGGGAGAGGGAGAGGCAGGCGAACGAGUACAGGGAGUACGUGAACGCCCCGUCCACGUGGCAGCAGGACAGCGGCGACGACAACAGGAACACCCAGCGGCGCGCCACGCACAGGGGUGUGAGCAACAACGUAUCAGCGGCGAUAUCUUUAGUGUCGGAACAUGGCGCUAACAACUUCGCCACUAUACGAACCACCAGUAUUGUCACAAAACAGCAGAAGGAGCACAAUCACGAGACCCACGAGCAGAUGUCGGGCUACAAGCGGAUGCGGCGCGAGCACCAAGCGGCGCUUUUGAAGUUGGAGGAGCGCUGCAAGGCGGACGUGGAUGCCCACAAGGCGCAGCUCGACCGCGAGUACGACGCUCUACUGCAGCAGCUCUCGCGCGACCUCGAACGCCUUCAGACGAAACACGCUCAAGAAUUGGAGCGCAAGCAAAAACAAAACACGGCGGCGGAGAAGAAGCUGAUAAAGGACAUUACCGCGAGGCAGGAGCAAGAGCGCAAGUCGUUCGAGGCACAGCGUAAACGCGAGUAUAAGGCCAACAAGGAGCGCUGGAAAAAGGAACUCAGUAUGGAUGACGCCACACCCAAGCGACAGAGGGAUGCUACUUUACAAUCACAAAAGGACAACCUGAAACAGGCUGAGGAGGCUGAGCAGGCGCGUCUUGUGCGAUCUCAGCGCGAGUACCUAGAACUAGAGCUGAGGCGCUUCCGUCGCCGCCGCAUGCUAGCCACACAUCACAAGGAGCAGGAGUUGCUCAGGGAGGAGCUUAACAAGAGGCAGCAGCAGCUGGAACAAGCUCACGCGAUGCUCUUGCGUCAUCAUGAGAAAACGCAAGAGUUAGAAUAUAGGCAGCAGAAGGGAGUGCAUGCAUUAAGGGAGGAACAGCUUGCCAACCAACACUCCACUGAGUUGGCCAAUCAGCGGGACUACAUGCAGCGGCAAGAACACGAUCUGCGCAAGAAACAUGCUUUACAGCUCAAACAACAACCCAAAAGUCUUAAGCAAAAAGAGAUGCAAAUCCGCAAGCAGUUCCGUGAGACAUGCAAAAUACAGACUCGCCAAUAUAAGGCACUGAAAGCGCAAAUAUUGCAAAUGACCCCCAAGGAACAACAGAAAGAGGUGAUAAAGGCGUUGAAAGAUGAGAAGCGACGCAAGUUAGUGAAGCUAGGCGAACAAUACGACCUGAGCAUCACUGACAUGCUGCAGAAGCAAACCAUCAAACUUGACGAAAGCCAAAUGAUGGAGUGCCAGCAGAAGAAGAUGCAGCUUGAGCACGAGCUCGAUAUGCUGACGGCGUACCAGAGCAAGAGCAAGAUGCAGGCAGAGGCGCAAAGGAACCGUGAGCGCCGCGAGCUAGAGGAGAGAGUUGCCGUGCGCCGCGCCCUUUUAGAGCAAAAGAUGGAGUCUGAGUGCGCUCAGUUCAUGGCCGAGCGGGCAGAGAGGACCCGGCUGAUGCACGAAAGGCACGAGCAAGAGCUCGCCCACUUCGACAACGAGAGUGCCCGUCUCGGCUUCAGCGCUAUGGCGAUCGCGGAAGGCAGCCGGGAGGGCUACGGCGAGGAGGAGCAGUCUUUGUCCGGUUCGAUGCUGUCGCUGGCGCACAGCAACUCGUCGGCCAGCUUUCCGGCCGGCUCGCUC